GUGCUCUCUCUGUCCUCUUUCUCCUUUUCUUUUCUCCCCCCGCUGCCCUCGACCCCCACCGCCACCAGUCACGACGCGACACGACACGUACCCCACUCGCGGGUCGAACGCAUCAUGCCCUUCCUCCAAUCCCUCACCAGCUUCUUCUCCCAAGCCCCUCAGCCGUCAUCAACAAACAAUUCCCGGCGGUCGGUAAUUGAUUCGACGCUUGAUGCUUUCAGCUUGCCCACCCAUCUCGGUACGGGGAGUCCUGUAGGAGGGUUUGCGAAUGGGUAUGGGGAAGGUCCUCAUUUGGAUAGUGCGAGCUCUUCACCUGGGCCGAGCCGAAGGGGGAGUAAUGCGUAUGGCUCUUAUGGGCCCAACGACACUUUCAACUCGGCCUCACCAAACUACUACCCCCCCCUCUCCCACACCCUCCACCGUCUCCGGAAAACGCUCGCCCUCUCUUUCCCCGAGCUGCUCGAAACCUUCAACGGCCCCGUCGAGCCCAUGCUCUUGUCGACAUUUGAAUCCGAGCUUGGCUGUCCUUUACCCCGGGCAGUCAGAGACAGCCUGACGAUAAUAGACGGGCAGGACUUUAGCGCUACGAGCCAUGUGUCUGGCAAUGGCGGCCUGUUCUAUGGGCUGCAUUGGUUGCCUUUGGAAGAGGUCAUGCGGGAGUGGGCGUUCUGGAGAGCUGCAGAACACGACCCGAAUGUGAGCGAGAACAAGGCUGUCUUGGCGACGAUGGCGAGUGUCCCGCCUCUAUGGAUCAAGACGCGAUACGCCUGCAAAGGCUGGAUACCCCUCCUCUCGGACCGAGCGGGCAACUAUGUCGGCGUCGACCUCGACCCGGGGACGAACGGCUCCUGGGGGCAGGUCAUCCUGUUUGGACGAGAUUUCGAUAGAAAGUGUGUAUUGUGGGGAGGCGAUGGGGAAGGAGGGUGGGGAAAGUGGUUGAGCAUUUUCGUGAAGGAGAUUGAGACGGGAGAAGGGUGGGAGGCGGAGCAGGUCAGCUCGUCUGAUGAAGAAGAGGAAGCGGGGUACACUAGCUAUAACGGUGGAGGCAGCUAUGGCGAUGUGGGCAGUGGGCUGAAGCUCGCUGGGGAGUAUCGCGGGUGGAACGUGUUGGAAGCGUGGUGGGAUAAGAGUGUGCGCAAGUGGGAGGCGCUGGGGAUGGGGUUGGAUAUUGAGGCGGUGGAGAGGGGAUUGGCGGAGGCGAGACGGUUGACGGGGUAUGUUGAGAAGGGUAAGGGGAAGGAGAGAGCCGAUGGGCUGAAUGUCAGUACGAGCGCGGCCAACAGCCCUGUUGACGCCACAUCACCCCCACUUGCUGCCCUACCCACUACCCCAGUCCCUCGCGAUUCGGACGUCCUCCUCCCACCUUCCUCACCCGAACAGCAGAUCCCCAAGAUCCGACAUCCAGCACCCUCCCCCGUGAGGGUCAUUACACCCCUAACGUCGACUAUCGAGCACCCUCUCAAGGCCGGCGGGUCUGGCUCAGGUUACCUGUCGCCGCCGACCAAUUCUCCGCCGAGGAGUAGACGGCGGAACCAGCCUCCUCCUGCGCCUGCUCCUGCCGCGCUUGAUCUUCCCACGAGAGCCGAUAUCCAAGCAAUGUCUGCGAUCGCCCAGGCCGAGACUGCGGGGCUAAGAGGUGGAUGGGUGAUGAACCUCGAUACAUCCGCCGGCAACGCCCACCGCCGUUCCACCCUCAACAACCUCCCCUUACCCUACCCCAUCCGCUCUUCCCACUCAUCCCACUCAUCCAGCGGCCGGCCGAGCUUGGAUACUGCCGAGAUGGUGGACAUUGACCUGGAAGGCGGUAAAGCCGAGCGCUUUGGGAGUCCCAAGAUGACGCCGGAAGAAGCUGAGAAACAGGCGGAGGAAGAGAGGCUGGCGCAUGCGGGGUUGGAGCACAGGCGCAUGUCGCCUGUGGGGUUGCCGGGGGCGGUGAGCAUGUCGAGAGCGACGUCGCCGUUGGCGAAUGAAAUCGGCGGACCCCAACUUGGCGAGCGUACGCCGAAAGCCUCUCCCAGGGCACCCCUCUCGCCGAGUUAUCCUCCUACCCAAAUGCCUUACACGCAAUCACUUUCUCCGCAGCCUGGGUCGGGGUCAAUACCGAAUUCGCCCCUCUCGCCGCUUGUGUCGCUAUCCCCGUCGUUUGAGGGUCAGACACCGACGUCGGCUAUGGGGUCUUCCUCCCUCAUUCGCCCGCCUCCGUUGGCUGCCAACCCUUCGUUGUCCCCGCGGUCAUUCUCGGGUACGUCCUUUGGGACAGAAGAAGAGAAAGACCGGCCUGUCAUCCGCGCUGCAGAGUCUUACUCUCGCGGUCGAGCCACCGGCUCUGGCUCUGGUUCUGGAUCGCUCGCGAGCCCGAAUAAGAGUAUGAACGGUACAUCCUUCGCUCCGGGUGGGAGGGUAAGGAUGGAGAGGGAGAAUAGCGUGAUGUCGACGAAUUCGAAUGAUGAGCUUUUGGAUGGCGGGGGAAGGGAGAGGAGUGUGAGUCCUUCGCCUUAUAAGGACGGGGGUGGUAAGGCGGUGUUGGAUAUGGGUGUAGUGGAGAGCCCGACGACGGCUACGACGAAGGGGUUGGAGGAGGAGUUUCAGGAUGUGAAGCUGUAGCGAGUGCUGCUUUUUCUUUUCUUUUUGCAUAGUUUGGCGCUGGAGACGUUUUAUUGUUAUACCCUCACUUUUCUGGUGGAAUGAGAAGGAGCAAACAUCAGAUUGUCUCUCAUCAUUCACCACUUUAUACCCCUAUCAUUUUCACUCUUCUCUAUCUUUGUGUUGGCGAGUAUCGAUAUGAGACGUAACGAACGACGCUGUGGCAUGUUAUGGACAAUUUCCG